AUGGGAAGAGGGAGGAAGAAGAACCGGCACGGCAAGUCCAACGGCAACCCAAACACCACCACCGCCAGGACCAGCGCCCGGAACCUCGAUCGAGAUGACGACUACCCCAUGCACGGCGUCGACAACCCAACCCCGGGUCCGAAGCGGCGUUCGCCCAAUAAGACCGACCACAACAGAGGCGCGAAGAACCGCAACCCGUUUGACGUCCCGUUCCCAGCCACCAAGCGCGGAAACCAUCACAACCCUUUCAACAGUCCUCGCGUUCAAACCCGGAACCCGGCCUGGCCCGGACAACAUCAGAACCCACAUCUGCGGCGCAACACCCAGGACCAAAGGCACAACAACCGCAACCAGAACCACCCACGGCACCACCACCACCACCACCACCACGGCCGCCGCCGCUCCUCCACCUCAAGCACCAGCAGCACGACCUCCAGUCUCCUCGCCGCGUUCGCGGCCGAAGGGGAGACUCCUCCUCGGAGUCCAAACCCGGCAGCGCAUCAUCAAAGCUGGCCGUACCCCGCCAGCUUUCCCUACCCACACCAAUCCAAUCCCAACGCAUCGUCCUCCACCUCGCGCACCCGCUCCCGCUUCUGCACCGAGUGCCGCGACGUGCGGCAGUCCAACCUCGCGCUGCGCGACUGGCUGGCGCGGACGCUGCGGGCGCGCAUCACGCGGUGGAGCGACGAGGUGGGCGUCGGGUUCGGCGCCGCCGACGAGAUGGACUGGCAGCCGGAGCCUGUGGUGCGGGUGCUGAUAUUGGGCGUUGGGAACGCAGAUGAGUGUGGUUCUGGUCAAGGUUAUGGCUACGGUUAUGGUGAAGGGUAUGGUUAUGGUCAAGGAUAUGGGGUCCAGCAGCAGCAGCAGCAGCAGCAGCGGCAGCAGUUGUACGGACAGGGCGAUGGUCUUGCAGGAGGUCCAAGUGCAAAUCCAGGCCUCACCCCCAGCCCCGGGACCGCAACCAGCCCGAGUCCAACAAACAUGGCAAUGGGAGGAUCAGCAAUCAGCGCCGGGCCAGUCUUGGCCAACGCCGCGAGGUGGGGACUCGUGAGCCCGUGGUCGUCGGCGGGCGCGUGGGAUGCCGGCCCAGGCCGCGGAGGAGUCCCAGCACCUGCACCAGCACCGGUAGUGACAGCGGCAGGACACGUCGGCGGUUCUGUUGAGGCGACUCCGGGCGUAUGGCAGUGCCAAUCUGGUGGACAGGCGGACACGAGAGUGUUAACACCACCGAAGAGCCCUUCGGAUUUCUAG